GUUGUUUUGUUAUGUCUCAGACCAAUGAAUUUGAAAAUGCAGAAACCGAACUUAUCUUUACAACCAGUAAAGACAUCACAAUAUACGAGAAUUUCCAAGACAUGGGUCUCAAGAUGGAAAUUCUUCGAGGAAUAUUUUCAUCAGGAUUUGAGCGCCCCUCCCAAAUUCAGCAACGUGCAAUAGUCCCAUGCUAUAACGGAAGAGACUGUGUGAUCCAAGCACAGUCGGGAACAGGAAAAACUGCUACUUUUUCAAUUGCUGCAGUACAGCGAGUGUUUUGUGCGUAUCAAGAGAACCCUGUUCACAAAUGUCGAGCAAUUGUCUUGUCUCCAACCAGAGAGUUGGCCACCCAGUCCUACAACGUUCUCGUAGACUUGUCAAAACACUGCCAGGUCCAUCAACUUACACAUUUUUAGUUAUCCGUCAGAGCUCUGGUGGGAGGUCGGAAUGUGAGGGACAACGUGACCGAUGUCCGUGAUGGAGUGGACAUUGUGGUGGGGACUCCUGGGAGGGUUCUCCAUUUGAUUA